AUGCUGCAUACUCCGGUAUGGGCAAUUGCGGCCCUAGUCCCAUUGGCAUCUAUUGUACAUGGGCUGUAUACCAAUGGCUCGGUCAUCGCACCCUGCGAUUCACCUUUAUAUUGUCAAGGUGACAUUCUGAAACAAAUCGAGCUCGCACAGCCGUUUUCCGACUCGAAGACAUUUGUAGACCUGCCUACCAUCCGCCCUCUGGACGAAGUUAUUGCUGCGUUCAACAACCUGUCAAAGCCGUUGAGUAACAAUACAGAGCUGAAUGACUUCCUCACAACAUACUUUGGGCAAGCUGGUUCAGAGCUGACUGCUGUUCCCACGGACCAAUUGACAACCGACGCCGCUUUCCUGAAUAAGACGGAGGAUAGUGUUAUCAAGCAGUUCACACAAAAAGUUAUCGACAUUUGGCCGGAUCUCACGAGAGAGUAUGUCGGAGCUGGAAACUGCUCAGGUUGCGUCGACAGUUUCAUUCCACUAAAUCGCACUUUCGUCGUUGCAGGAGGAAGGUUCAGAGAGCCUUACUACUGGGACUCAUUCUGGAUCUUGCAAGGACUUCUGAGGACCGGAGGCAGUUUCACCGAGAUCUCGAAGAACAUCAUUGAGAACUUUCUGGACCUUGUCGAUCAAUUCGGCUUCGUACCUAACGGCGCCCGGUUGUACUAUCUCAAUCGGUCCCAGCCUCCGCUUCUGGCGCAAAUGGUGAAGACCUACGUGGAGUAUACGAACGACACCAGUAUCCUGGAGCGAGCCGUACCUCUUCUGAUCAAAGAGCAUGACUUCUGGGUGCAGAAUAGAAGCAUUGCAAUCACUUCCGGUGAUAAAACUUACACGCUCAACCACUAUGGCGUGCAGAAUAAUCAGCCUCGCCCCGAGUCUUUCCGGGAAGAUUACAUCACAGCCAACAACAAGUCAUACUACGCGACCUCGGGUAUUAUCUACCCUGAAACGAAACCACUCAAUGACUCAGAAAAGGCCACAUUAUAUGCCAACUUGGCUACUGGUGCAGAGUCCGGGUGGGAUUAUAGUUCGCGCUGGCUGUCGAACCCCAGCGAUGCAGCAGACGAUGUGUACUUCCCUUUACGUUCUUUGAACACCAUUAACAUCGUCAGCGUCGAUCUGAACUCGAUUCUGUAUGGGAACGAGAUCACUAUAGCUGAGUAUCUUGAGACAAGCGGCAACGACACUGGCGCUGCAUCCUUCCGGGAACAAGCAAAGUCACGGUCUGAGGCGAUGUAUGCGUUGAUGUGGAACGAGGACUACAGUAGCUACUUUGACUACAACAUGACGUCUGGGUCACAGAGCUUGUAUGUCCCCGUAGACUCGGAUACGACGGCUGCCCAAAAGGCCGGCGCGCCAGAAGGCUAUCAGAUUGCCUUCCACGUUGGUCAAUUCUAUCCUUUCUGGCUCGGCGCAGCGCCUUCACAGCUGAAGAACAACCCUCUGGCAGUCAAAAUCGCCUACCAAAGAGUCGCAGACCUGCUCACAGAGAAGGCCGGUGCCAUUGCAGCGACGAGCUUCCAGACGGGCCAACAAUGGGACCAGCCUAACGUGUGGCCGCCACUGAUGCAUAUACUUAUGCAAGGGCUGCUCGAAACGCCACCAACUUUUGGGGAGGAAGACCCUUAUUGGAUCGAGACACAAGAUCUAGCCUUGAGACUCGGGCAACGAUAUCUCGACAGCACGUUUUGCACAUGGCGUGCGACUGGAGGUUCAACAGACGAUGAGCCCCAGCUUCAAGGCUUCAACUCUUCUGACGUUGGCAUCAUGUUUGAGAAGUACGGAGAUAAUUCUACCAACGCUGUUGGCGGCGGAGGCGAGUAUGAGGUAGUCGAAGGCUUCGGCUGGACUAAUGGCGUGCUGAUCUGGGUCGUUGAUACCUUCAACACCAAGCUUCAGAGACCAGACUGUGGGAACAUUACUGCGGCGAAUCUGAAUGAAAGGAGGGAUGUGAAGCCGAGGGCCGUGGAGCUGCAUGCAUCUGAUUCAAGAUGGGUCAAGAAAUUUGGGAGACGCUCCGAGAUGAUGUAA